AUGACAGGAGGAGAAGGAUCACGCUGUUACUGCUACAGCGCUGCUGGUGCUGCUGCCUCUGCUGUUUCUGCUGCAUCUGUUGCUGCUGUUUCUGCUGCAUCAGUUGCUGCUGUUUCUGCUGCAUCUGUUGCUGUCGCUGCUGCUGCUGCAUCUGUUGCUGUCGCUAUUGCUGCUGUUUCUGCUGCAUCUGUUGCUGUCGUUGUUGCUGCUGUUUCUGCUGCUGCUCCAUCUGUUGCUGUCGCUGCUGUUUCUGCUGCUACUGCAUCUGUUGCUGUCGCUAUUGCUGCUGUUUUUGCUGCAUCUGUUGCUGUCACUGUCGCUGCUGUUUCUGCUGCUGCUGCAUCUGUUGCUGUCGCUGUUGCUGCUGCUUCAUCUACUGCCGCUGCUGUUGCCUCAGCUGUUGCCACUGCUGCAUCUGCUUCUAUUGUUCUUGUUAUUGCUACUGCUGUUUUUGCCGUCGUUGUUGCCUCUGUUGAUCUCAUUACUGCUGCUGCCUCCUCUGUUGCUGUUGUUGUUGCUGAUCCUGGUCAUCGUGAUGAUGGCAUGACGAAUGACAAGAACAUCAACAGUUGCGAUCGCAACAACGUUGUCAAAGCAGCAGCGACAGCCAAUGCAGCGCCGGCGUAG